GGUAAGCAAGUACACAACAAACACUGGCUUGGCCAAGUCAAAUUUGGGCGCAGAUCGACACUCUCUCUGUCUCAAAAAGUGAAAAGUUAAACUAUGUCUAAAAACCUAUUUUAAGGUAGCGCUCCAGAAGAGAUCAUUACCAUGAAGGGAGCCCACGGUCCCCUGGUGGCGGCCAUAGAUGAGGGGACCAGCAGUGCUCGCUUUCUGGUGUUUUCUUCGCAAACGUCUCGUCUAUUGGCCUCGCACCAGGCUCCCCUGAAACUGACCUGUCCGCAAGAAGGGUGGGUCGAGCAAGACCCCAUGGAAAUACUCAGGAUAGUGAAGGAGUGUAUGAACGAGACAGCCAAGACAUUACAUGAACAACAAAUCAACCCUGAGGACAUUUCUGCCAUUGGAGUAACCAACCAGAGAGAAACCACAGUAGUGUGGGACAGAACCACAGGAGAACCUCUCUACAAUGCUAUAGUUUGGUCUGACAUUCGAACACAUUCUAUCGUUGAUCGGUUAUUGCAACAAAAAGCCAACAAGAACAAGAAUUACUUAAAGGCAUUGACUGGUCUCCCUUUAAAUCCGUAUUUCAGUGCCUUGAAACUUCGGUGGCUAAUAGAAAACAUACCUAAAGUCCAAACAGCAUUGGCGGAAAACAACUGUCUCUUUGGUACAAUAGACUCUUGGUUAAUUUGGAACCUGACGGGGGGGCCAGAGGGAGGGGUCCAUGUAACUGAUGUAUCCAAUGCAUCGAGGACUCUCUUGAUGAAUAUUAACACCAUGAAAUGGGACCCUCUGUUGUGCAGGUUUUUUAACAUCCCCACAAAAAUUCUGCCAAAAAUUGUAAGUUCCUCAGAAAUAUACGGUUAUGUAUCCGAGGGCCCGCUGAAAGGAACUCCCAUUUCUGGUUGUCUGGGUGAUCAACAAGCCGCAUUGCUCGGUCAAAGAUGUCUAAACGCAGGUCAAGCUAAGAGCACCUACGGGACUGGCUGCUUCCUGCUGUACAACACAGGAAUUGAAAAAGUAGAAUCAACACACGGCCUGCUAACAACUGUCGCCUGGAAGCUGGGCAAGUCAGCGCCUGUAGCUUACGCCUUGGAAGGUUCCGUCGCAGUGGCAGGUGCUGCUAUCAACUGGCUCCGAGACAACCUGGAGUUGAUUGAGAAUGUGAAGGAGGUGGAGAACGUAGCAAGCAGAGUCAUGCACACCGGUGACCUAUACUUCGUCCCAGCCUUCUCUGGACUGUACGCUCCUUACUGGCAGCAAGAUGCUAGAGGGACAUUGGUAGGUAUCACAGAGGACACUCAACAAGGCCACAUCAUCCGUGCAACACUAGAGGCCAUCUGUUAUCAAACCAGAGACAUUCUGGACGCUAUGAACAAGGACUGCGGCAUUCCUCUAACAAAACUGAAAGUAGAUGGAGGAAUGACAGGGAACAACUUACUGAUGCAACUACAAUCAGACCUUUGUGGAAUACCAGUCAUACGACCAAAGAUGGCAGAAACUACUGCGCUAGGAGCAGCAAUGGCAGCUGGGUUUGCAGAUGGAGUCAAAGUUUGGGAUUUGGACCAUCUACAGCCAACACCUAAUGACACCUUCAACCCAGUCAUAACUGAAGAAGAACGAGACAACAGAUACUUCAAAUGGAAGAUGGCGGUUGAGAGAUGUCUUCAUUGGGAUAUACCAUAAAGUCCAAAAGGAAAUUACAAGAUAAUUUUUUAAGUGAUAUUAAAACUUUUGCCAUAAACUGUAGCAUUUUAGUUAUCGAUCGAAUCAACACGAAAAUAAUUGAAUUCAAAACCUAUGCAAUGGUAAAUUAUGAAUGUGUGCAAGUCCUGAACACCAACACCACAUUUAUUGCAAAAAAUUGUAGCCUACAGCAAAUAAUUUUUUUUUCUCUAUAAUUUUUAAAUUUUUAUGAACAGAAUACAUACCCCUUGGAAUAUUUUACACAAUAACAUACAAUUUUAUCUCAGAAUAUUUUAACAGUUUUAUCUGUUCCAAACAAGGUUUAAAUUUUAAACCAAGCGACUUCAGCAAUAGAUUUUGGCGGAACGUCUUGUAUAGUUCAGAAACAUUUUACAUACCGGUAUUGAUAGUUAUAUCUUUGAUGUUUGAUACACCUGUCAUUCCAUCCCCUUUUUUAAUCACUAGUUAUCAAAUCAAAAUUCUCUUAGUUGAUGUGAGCCACUGACAGAUUACUAAUAUUUGUCAAAUACACAAACUUUUAUACCAAGUAAAACCGUAGGGACGACUUAUUGUGAGCUAUAGCAACUGAUAUGACCUAUCACCUAUGUCAGCAAAAAAUAUAAAGUAGAAAAUAGAAUCUUAGACUAUAGCACAUUCUGUGACUGUCUCACACAUCUAUAAUCUUUUAAUAAAAAAUUGAUAACAGCUGGUCCAUAUAGAUGGGAUGUCUCUUUCAGUAUCAAAUAGGCCUAGUCAUUGAUUUUACCUGAAGGACCAUUAUUUAACCUUUCAAAUCAAACUAAUUGAUGGAUUUCAAGUAGUUUGCAAAGGAGAGCUUUAAGGUAAAACAGCUGAGUUACGAUAUGGCAAAGUCAGACAACACACAUUAAGUUAAGUCAGGUUUUCCUAGGCGCGGAAGCGGAGAGAGGAACGCGGAGAGCAGACUCCACUUGUCUUAGGUAAUUUAUUGUUACUGUUUUACCAGAAGCGGAGCGGAACACCAUGUUAAUUUCUUUUCCGCUCUCCGCGUUCCUCUCUCUGCUCUCCGCUUCCACGCCUAGGAAAACCCAGCUUUAGACUCUUGCACAUGUUUAAUUUGUUUAAAGGUUGUUGAUAAAGUUUUCUAAGCAGUGAUUUAAAAUAAAUCUACUUUACAACCAUGUACAUACUUUUUUACCCAAAGACCUUUAAGUUGUUACAAAAUGAACCAAUAAUAUUUUGUACUGUAGCCAAUUUCUUAAAUAAAAAUAUACUCAUAUUUAUUA